AUGAAAGACAUCAUCCACUUCUCUGUCCUUAUACUUUUCUUCCUUCUCAUACGGCCUUCUUUGGUUUCUCCUCUAUAUGAUGGGCCCCUAUAUGACUCCACUGCCUACACUGAGUGCAAAGAGAAGCCAGGGAAGCCACUUUAUGGAGGAGGAGUUCUCAAGAGUGACCAACAGUCUCCUCGUGGUGUUCAAGACAGCAUUUACUCAUCGUAUGUUGUCAACAACAGCUAUGUGCCUUCACUAGUUCUAUAUAAUCUCACUCAGGGCAACAUUCACACUUUUUCUGCAUGGGUGAGAAUUAAAGAUUCAAGUUCAGCUAUGAUAAAGGCUACCCUGGAAACAGAGAAAGAGACUUCUGAUUGCAUCGGGACAGUUUCAGCCAAGCUUGGAUGCUGGUCAUUUCUGAAGGGUGGUUUCGUUCUGAAUUGGCCUUCAAAUUUAUCCAUCAUAUUCUUCCAGACCGCGGAUGGUAAAGACGUCAAUAUAGAAGUUGCUAGCCCAUCACUCCAGCCAUUUACUAAGCAACAAUGGAGAAUCAAUCAACAGUAUAUAAUCAACACUAAAAGAAAGCGUGCCGUCACUAUUCAUGUGUCAGAUAGUAACGGAAGAAGAUUGCAAGGAGCUUCCAUCAGUAUAGAGCAAAUCUCAAAAGACUUCCCUUUUGGAUCUGCGAUAGCAAAGACCAUUCUUGGCAACGUCCCCUACCAGAAUUGGUUUGUGAAACGAUUCAAUGCUGCGGUCUUUGAAAAUGAGCUCAAAUGGUACGCCACAGAACCUGAUAAAGGCAAGGUCAAUUACUCCAUUUCAGACCAAAUGCUACAGUUCGUGAGAACAAACAAUAUCGUAGCUAGAGGGCACAACAUAUUUUGGGAAGACCCUAAAUACAAUCCUCCAUGGGUUCUUAACCUUACUGGAACCCAGUUACACUCUGCUGUGAAUUCCCGCAUACACAGUCUCAUGAGCCAAUACAAAGAUGAGUUCAUACAUUGGGACGUCAGCAAUGAAAUGCUCCAUUUUGAUUUCUAUGAGCAAAGGCUUGGACCUGAUGCCACAUUACAUUUCUUUAAGACUGCACAUAAAUCAGACCCAUUAUCAACCCUGUUUAUGAACGACUUCAAUGUUGUGGAAACAUGCAGUGAUGUGAAUUCCACUGUAGACGUCUAUAUCUCACGGUUAAGAGAACUGCAGCGAAAUGGCAUCUUUAUGGAUGGAAUUGGCUUGGAGGGGCACUUCACAAUACCCAAUCCUCCCCUUAUCAGAGCCAUCCUAGACAAGUUGGCAACACUUGGACUUCCCAUUUGGCUUACGGAGGUUGACAUAAGCAAGACAAAUGAUAGAGAUUCACAGGCAAAUUAUUUGGAGGAAGUGCUGAGGGAAGGGUUCUCACAUCCUUCUGUGAAUGGGAUAAUGCUGUGGACUGCAUAUCAUCCAAAUGGGUGCUACCAAAUGUGCCUCACAGACAAUAAUUUCAAAAACCUGGCAGCAGGUGAUGUGGUGGACAAACUUCUUGGAGAGUGGGAAACAGGUCGUGUUGAGGGAGUGGCAGAUGUGCAUGGUUCCUAUAGCUUUUAUGGAUUCUUAGGAGAAUAUUCAAUUACUGUCAACUAUGGCAACAGGACUACACAUUCAACAUUCUCCCUCUCUGGAGGUGAAGAAGCUAGACAUUUCACCAUUACACUGUGA